AUGCAGGAGGAGCCGGCUGGAAUUAGCCUGCCUAAUGCGCCUGUCAGUCCGGCGCCGCGCCGCGCUCGGCCCGAGCUGUUUGUAAAUUACAUUAGCGGCGCCUUUAUUGCGCCCGCACCGCCGACGACUGAAAAGCCGCCGCCCCCACCCCAAACUGCGAGCUGCGCGCCCCGCGCACCCUUCGCCCGCCGGCCUCGCCGCAAUUGCAGCGCUGGCCCGGAGUUCUCAGGCUCUCCAAUCCGGGAUUCGACGCCUGAGAAGGGCGGCGAGCGCCCAGUCCGGGAGGUGCACGGCCGCCAAGCGGUCAAGACAAACCAGGAGGUCCUCGAGCGCAGGGACCUUAACCUGGGAUGUCCGUACACCUCAGACCUGCGCAGGCCAGGACUGAGCCCCUAUCAUGUUUUGGGCGCAGAAGCAGAGAGGAAGAACAGACAGAAGACGGAGGGCGAUGGGCAGGCAGGGGUGAGAGGAAGCAGACACUCCCUCCCACCAGUAGCACAGGGGACCAUGAUGAGGGUGCAGAAGUGGGGACCGCUCUCCCGGCAAAGGAGACAGACAAGCAGGAGGCCAGAAGUGCCGGCCCGGAGGAAAGCCAGAACACCCCCACAUUUCCUCCCUCUGCCGCCUGAGCAGCAAGCUGCUAGGGUCGCGAUGAAAUCUUUGGUCCUUCCUGCGCUUGCGUCAGGUCUGCAGCCUGCAGAAGGCGCUGGUGAGCUUGCGGGGUGGCUGUUUGGGGCCACAGGGGUGGAGGAGUUGGGACAAGGCUGUGGCUUCUGA